CGCCCCUCUCACUUCCAUACCGUCUCCUCAAGAUGGCCACUCUGCAAGUGCGUUGUAUUCUGCGUUUCGUCCUGCCGUGCGCAAUCAUGUCCGCACAUGUCCAGCCGCAGAGAUCCCUGCUAACUAGCUCAACUACAGAACUUCAAAAACUUCCUGAGGCACGGCAAGCAGGCCCGCAACCAACAAAGUCCACACGGCGAGGCCACUACAGAUACCUCCACCGUCCACGCGAGAGACGCGAGGCAUUAUGCUGUGAGCGACCCCAACGUCAUGGAUCAUCAGCCUCUGCACCCGGCCCCCGGUGCCGCUCAUGGUGACUAUUCUGUCGGUGUCGGCGCCAAGGCAAACAAGAACAUUGCUGCUCAAGCUGGAGAUGCUGCUGCCCGCGCUGCUGCCGACCACCACAAGCAAAAACAGGCCAUUGCUGACCGAAAGGCCGACAUCGAUCCAACUGUGCUGGAGAGAAUUGUUGCUGAAGAGAGGGAAAGCAAGGGCAAGCUGCCCAGGUAUCCUGGUCUUGAAAGAUGGCAAUUGAUCGAGAAGAUGGGUGACGGUGCUUUCAGCAACGUCUACCGAGCCAAAGACACCCAGGGACAGUACCAGCAAGAAGUUGCCAUCAAAGUCGUGCGUAAGUUUGAAAUGAACUCAAGCCAGGGCAACGAUCACCUCCACCCCGAUUUCAAAAAGACGCCAAAAACUGUUGAGCGAGCAAAUAUUCUCAAAGAGGUGCAAAUUAUGCGCCAAUUAGAUCACCCCAAUAUCGUCAAACUUGUCGACUUUCACGAAUCUCGUCAAUAUUAUUUCAUCAUCCUCGAGCUCUGCCCCGGCGGAGAAUUAUUUCAUCAAAUCGUCCGCCUCACAUACUUUAGCGAGGAUCUCUCUAGACAUGUCAUCGUACAGGUUGCCAAGGCAUUGGAGUAUUUGCAUGAGGAUGCCGGCGUUGUACAUCGGGAUAUCAAGCCUGAAAAUCUUCUCUUCUAUCCGACUGCAUUCGUUCCCACGAAGACCCCAAAGCCCAAAGGUCCCGAAGACGAGGACAAGGCUGAUGAGGGUGAGUUCAUUCCCGGUAUCGGGGCCGGCGGCAUUGGCACGAUAAAGAUUGCCGAUUUUGGUCUCUCAAAAGUUAUCUGGGAUAGCCAGACCAUGACGCCGUGUGGCACGGUCGGCUACACUGCCCCUGAAAUCGUCAAGGAUGAAAGGUAUUCCAAAAGUGUUGACAUGUGGGCACUGGGAUGUGUUCUCUACACUCUUCUGUGUGGAUUUCCUCCCUUUUACGACGAGAGCAUUCAAACUCUUACCGAAAAGGUUGCUCGAGGCCAGUAUACGUUCUUGUCGCCGUGGUGGGAUGACAUCUCAAAGUCUGCACAAGACCUGGUCUCGCAUCUUCUCACGGUCGAUCCGGAGAAGCGGUACGACAUUAAGCAAUUCCUCAACCAUCCAUGGAUACGAGAAUCGCAGGAAGAGACUACAGCUGCGGCGGAUGCGCCUCCUCUGGCGACGCCCUUGUAUCAACGUCAAGACUUGAGAUACCUCGACUCGCCUGGUGAAGGCAGGCGCGCAGAUUUCCGCUCUCCUGGUGCCGUCAAUCUACGCGAGGUGUUUGAUGUCGGCUAUGCCGUCCACCGUCAAGAAGAGGAGGGCAAGCGACGGAAGAACUUCCCACAGGGCUUCCGGGGGGCUGGGGCUGUCAACAGCUUGAAUCCUCUCAACGAAGAUUAUGACGACGAAGAGGACGGUGAGAGCGCACCUUUCGAUCCUACAAAGCAGAACAUCCCCGCAAAGCUGCCCAAGUCGCACGCCGCUGAUGUGACAUCAGUAGAACAAAAGCUGCGUACCACUACUCUCAGUGCCGCCGCACAGGCAAGACAGCAGGCCACGGCACCGGCACAGAAAGGCUACGGCCAACACAGUCCUGCUGUAGCCGCAGCUGCCAAGAAACAGGUGAAGAACAAGGGACCGUUUGAGCUGAGUCUCGACAAUGCCACCCUACUUGGGCGGAGGGGGCAAAAGGCUCCUGCCAGCAGCGGAUUGAGAGAGGCCAUUUCAGCAACUCAAUAGAAUUUUUCCCUCCACGGUAGUUGGUUGACAGGACGCAAGACCUACACGGUGGUGGCAUGCAUACAUUGGAACACAGAGGAGACGUCCCUCGGAAUGUCCAAGCAGCAUAUUGAAUU